AUGGAAUCGUGGAAAAGACUUACUGACGCUCCAAUUUCACGGGUUAACCAUCAAGCAAUUUGUUUGGAGGAUCGUAUAUUUGUUUUCGGGGGUUUUAAUUCUCAAAUGUUUGACCUAGACUACAAUGAGCGUCAGAUAGACACAUUUAUGUGGGAUAUUCAGAAAAAUAGAUGGGAGCAGCUCCCUUACCCUCUUUUACUGAAAUCGUGGGACUGUACUCUCAAAUCUUGGGGACCUGAUCCCAUCCUAGAAAGUAGUGGUUCUAUCCAACCUAGUCUUAGAUUCGGUCAUACUGUUGUUGCUUGGCGUGGUCGAGGUUGGCUUUUUGGUGGAAGAAUGCAACAGCAAGUAUGUCCUAAUCAGUUGUACAUGUUCGAUCCUGGUUCAAAGUUUCUCUGUCAACCGGUUAGUCGGUCUGCAUUGUCCGGUAACCUAAAAUUAAAUCAUACUUUCAAUGCUAAAAAGUUUCAUCCUCCCUGUUGGGCUGAAGUAAGAGGUACGGUUGGUAGUGUACCGAGUGCUCGAGAUGGUCAUUCAGCUACUGUUUUAGAAGAUGCAAUGUUUAUAUUUGGUGGCUUCGAGGAUGUCUUUGAUAAUUAUGACAAUUCAGUUUAUCGACUGGAUUUCAUUACUUGGAACUGGACUCGUAUAGAAAUUCGUGAUGACUUGUUAUCAUUUUCAGAUCCUUCCCUUAGUGUUCCAUUAGAUACAAAUAGAAGUCGACAAUUCGGUAUAGACUCGCACGAAUAUUUAAAUUGCAUUUGGAAUGAUAACGUAUCACAUGAUCAAACAUCCCAUCCUAGAACUCCUUUACCUCGUGAUUUCGCAUGUCUUACUAGUCACCAAGGUCGUAUAUUUCUGUUUGGUGGACGAAGUAAAUCACCUAAUCACCCAUCGUGUGAUGUCUAUGAUUCUGCUUUAUGGGAGCUCAUUCCUCUUGUCAAUGUAUCAGAUUACUCCUCCUCUGACACGACGAACAUUUCCGAAGGACAGAAGCUAACUCCCGCAAAAUGUAAUUUUUGUAAUGUAGAAAUGAUCGAUUAUUUGGGUACUACUUCCGGUGGGUUACUUCGCAUUCUGUGGGAAGAAGAAACAGGAAACUGGUGUGGACCUGAAUUCUGGGCAACUUCUCCCUCUCGUCCAUGUUGUUUGUGGAAAUUUAUUCAUAGUAUUGUAGAAAACAAAUCAUAUACACCAAACUAUUAUAAACUACCAUCAAACUAUUAUUCCCGUUGGUCAAGUGGUUAUGCAGUUUGGAUAGUUCGUCAUCCAGGUCAUGGUUUACAAUCACCAGAAGUUCUGCUUUCACAAAUAUCCAGUAAAGUUAAUGGAUUCACAUAUGAUUCGAAGUCGCCAUUUGUAGAAUCGUCGUCAUCAUCAACAUCAUCAAAGUUAAAUUCACCAUACGGACGUAGGAGUCUUUCACAUUGGUCCUACAAUGGUAAUUUAUACAUUGCCUUUGGUGCAAUUCGAUCACAGACAGGUCGAAGUCUCCAGCUACAUUAUCAAGAUGUUUGGCGCUUCAAUUUGUCUACCUUGUCUUGGAAAGAACUUUCCUAUAUGUCUAGUAUGAAAUCGUCAAAUCUGCACAUCCAUCUACCUUCUGCCCGUAGACGUGCUGUAGCGUGUCUAUAUAUGGCUCCACCUAGUACUCAUAGGGAUUAUAAUCCCACGUUAAUCAAAAAACAUCCUCAGGUAUUUGUAUUUGGUGGAACACAACCAAGAGCACUUAAUGAGAAAAUAUCUCUUGUCAACAAUAAUGGCCAUAACGAUUCACGAUCUAUCAACGAGUCUUCAACAUCCUAUGGAAUUCUUCCUCACAGAAGUUUAUUCAAUCUCAAUUGGGGUAAUAAUCGAACUCAGAAUGAAGUACUUGGAUUGAGAAGAACCACUUCCUCAAUGAAAUCAUUUGUUUCAAUUUUAUGCGUCCAGUCGAAUUCUUCGAUUCCUGAUCCUGAUCAUAGUAAUAUCAUAUCUUCAAAUUCUACCACAGAUUCAUUUCUGUCUACUUCUGCAACACCGUCGUCGUCCUCUUCAUCACCAUCGAAUACGCCAGUGACAACUUUCCAUCUUAUCAUUAUCAUUCCAUCCUAUUUAUGCAAUUCUCAUUUAUUAAAUGGUUUGAGUCCGUUGCUAAUCAAUGAUUUUAUCCUUUUGUCUAACUUAUUUGUUAUAAGCUUUGAUGAAUUGUCUCAAUUAUUUAAUCUAACAACUAACACAUCUGAUAAUAAUAAUAAUAAUUCGCCAUUUAUUAAAUAUCUCCAGUCUAUACAUUCUCAUCAAUUCAAUCACAUGAAUCCACAUAGUGCUAGCAACAACACCAGUAAUAAUAAUAAUGUUACUGUUGAUGAAACGAUCCAUCUAUUUCAUAUAGCCUGGUUAACUUUAACAAAUAAUAAGUUCUCCACUCAUAAAACAACGGGUCAUAGUGAUAUUAGUAACGAUGUCAGUUGUGAAAGGAAUUCUACGCCCUGUCCAUUAUCAAAAUUUCAUAUUAUUUUUGUUGCAAACUGUCCAAUGUCACCUAGUUGUCUUUUGUUCAACUCCGAAACAAAUCAAAACUACAAACCUGUAAUAUUAAAACAAUACACAUUUUAUCAAAAUUCACAUGAAAUAAUUAAUUUACAAAAACCAUGUUGUAUUAAUCAUGCAUCUGAUAUAUACACAUCAUCACAGCUAAUUAAUAUCUGUCUCAAUUCAGUGAUUUAUGCAUUGUUCGAAGCGGUAGAACGUGGAUUAAAAUAUACAUAUUCCGAGUGUCCUACUACAACAACUAAUUCAUUGUCAUCAACAGUGUGCAACUCUACUUUGUUUCUUAGUGAUAAUGAUAAUGACAAUGAUCAUGGUAGUCAACAUCAUCAUAAUUUCUUAACUUAUAAAACAUUUUUUAUAUACUCUGAUAUUGAUAUGGAAGAAUUGGAAAAUUAUGCAACUCAUGUUUAUAUUGAUGCAAAUCAGAUAACAUCUUUUGUUAAAACUAGUACCUUAGAUAUCGUUUGUAAUGACAAUAAUAAUAAUAAUAAUAAUUCAUUCUUAUCAUCAUCAUCAUCCACUUCAAAAUCGACUUAUAACUCCAAUAUUCUAUCUUAUCCAAUUAAAAACUCUGUACAACAGACCGUAGCAUCCGUUUUAUUGAAAUAUUUAUAUUUUAUUCAAACUUCAUUCCAUCUAAUAUUUGACGAUAAUAAAUUGUUAUUAAAUCAACAAGAAAUUUUACAAUCUUUAUACACAGAUCCUGUUCAUUUAUACAGUGACAACAAUAGUAAUAGAUUUUCGACGUCUCCCGUACAUUUCACAAUAAGAGAUUCGUCUACUGUUAAUUCAACUAGUCAUAUUUCCGGUAGAUAUUCAGAGUCAUCUACAUCAAAUAAUAUUAAUAAUUCGCACGUCGUAUCAGGAUCUUCACAUUAUUUUCUCAGUGAAAGACUAGCUUUAGAAAUGCUCAACAAUGAGAAUAUUUUCAAUUUUACAGGAAUUGGCAUGUACAGUGGUGGUAGUAGUAACGAGAAUUUUUUUACUUUAAACCCUCCAUCUGCAACCGUUGAAGAUGAAAUCAAUGAUGAUAUUGAUGAUGAUGUUGAUCAUGAUGGUGAUGACGAUUAUGAUAAUGGUGAUGAUUCUGUGGAUUCUGAUUUUUCGGAAAUUCAUUGUAUACCUAAUAUAGGAGUUUUGUCGAAGGGUACAGAAAAACUCAUAGAAUUGUCUGACUGUUAUACUUUCACUUUCGAUACUAGCCUUUAUGAAUUGUGUCUUCGUAGUUCAUCUGAUCUUGCUCAAGAACCUGUUGUAUCACAGAUUUUACCAUCAACUAUAGUGAAUGAUUUAAAACAUCUAUAUUCACCUCAUAAUUACUCGAUGCGUCGGUCACGAUUUGGAUAA